AUGAGUCGUGCUGCUUACUAUGGAAGUAAAGGUAGAUACUCUAAGGCAAUUCUGAAUUGCAAUGAGGCGAUCAAAAUUCUUCCUAACAGUGUGCGAGCUUAUUUUUACCGAGGAACUUUAAAGUAUCAAAAUAAGACAUUUAAAGCUGCAAUUGAAGAUCUUUCAAAAACUAUCGACCUCAACAAAACCUGCAUUUUGGCAUAUUAUAACAGAGCUGUCUGUUAUCAUCAAAUAAAGGACUUCAGAAAGGCUUUGAAAGAUUAUGGAAUUCUUCUUCUGCUUGAAUUGAAUAAGGAAAUAGCUUUUAAAGUGUUAAUUAAUCGUGGACUACUCUACGUGGAACUUGGUGAUUAUGCUAAUGCACGUGAGGACUUCAAAGAAGCAACGUUGCUUAGUCCAGGUGAUAGCCAGAUCUUUCAAGCUAUUGGAAUAUGCUGUCGUAGACUUCAUGAGUUUGAAGAAGCUGUGAGAUCAUUUGACCAGGUUCUCAAACUAGAUCCUGUUUCUGUGGAUGCCUAUAUUGGACGAGGAAAUUCAUACAUGGAAAACGAACGUGAGGCUGGUUGUAAACAAGCACAGAAAGAUUUCUUGAGAGCAAUUCACCUGAAUCCAAAGUGUAUAAAAGCCAGAAUUUGCUUAGGAUACAACUUGCAGGCCCUUGGAAAGCUUCAAAGAGCAUGGAGCCAAUUUACAGUUGCCAUUUGCAUUGAUCCAAAAUGUCGUGCUGCAUAUGAUGGACGAGCUUCAGUCUGUCUUCAAAUGGGUGAAACUUUUGCUGCAUUGCAAGACACAAAUGCCGCAUUAAAGCUCACUACCACUGCUCCACUGCUAACAAAUCGGGGUGUCAUCAAUCAGUUAAUGGGAUAUCUACCCUGUGCCAUGAAGGACUAUCAACAAGCAAUUUCUAUCGACCCAAACUAUGCAUUAGCCUAUUUCAAUGCAGCAAAUAUAUACUUCCAUAAUCGACAGUUUUCACAGGCCUAUUGCUAUUAUUCCAAGGUAUUACAACUUGACCCAAGAAAUGAAUCUGCUGCUAUGAAUCGUGCUAUUACAAACACAUUACUAAACAAUAUUGAAGAAGCAAAAGAAGACUUUGAGAAGGCAAUUUGUCUCUGCCCAUUCUCUGCAGCAGUGUAUUUUAACAGGGCAAAUUUCUAUAAUGGAUUGAGGCAAUAUGAACUAGCUGAGAAAGACAUUUCAACAGCAUUGUCAAUUCAGCCUAAUAAUGCCUUGAUGUACAAAUUUAGAGCCGAUAUUCGUGGUAAACUGGGUUUCAAUAAAGAGGCUGUAGAGGACUACAAACAAGCAAUCAGCAUUCAAGAACAGAUUGAUUCCAUGUGA